AUGCAACCUGCUAAAGACAUCCAGUACGAUGUCCUCGUCACAGGCUCAUCCGGCCACCUCGGCCAUGCCCUCAUGAUCACCCUCCCAACCCUCGGCUUCACCCCUCUUGGACUCGACAUCCUCUCCUCUCCGACAGCCACCUGCGUCGGCUCAAUAACAGACCAGCCGCUCAUCUCAAGUAUCCUCCAAGAGCACCCCAUCAAGCACAUUCUCCACGCAGCGACCCUCCACAAGCCUCACGUCACAUCCCAUCCCAAAAGCGAUUUCGUCCAGACAAACAUCGCCGGAACUCUAGCCCUCCUCGAAGAAGCCGCCAAGCUCGGCCCCCAGAUCGAGAGCUUCGUCUUCUUCAGCACCACCAGCGCAUUCGGCUCCGCGCUCAGCCCCCGUCCCGGCUACCCCGCCGCGUGGAUUGACGAGGCCGUCGUGCCCAUUCCCAAGAACAUCUACGGGGUGACAAAGGUCGCGGCGGAAGACAUAUGUCAGCUUUUCCACAAGCAGCAUGGCCUGCCAAUUCUUGUGCUUCGCGUGAGUCGCUUUUUCCCGGAGGAAGACGACGAUGAGGACCGACGCAAUGCGAUGAGCGAUGAGAAUCUGAAAGUACUGGAAAUGGCGUACCGGCGCUGCGACAUAGCAGAUAUUGUGUCGGCAACGGUGUGCGCGAUGAACAAGGCGAGACAAAUUGGCUGGGCAAAGUACAUCAUCAGCGCGCCGCCGCCUUUCUCAAACGAUCCAGAGACUCUUGCUGCUUUGGACAGAAACCCCGAGGAAGUGUAUAAGAAGGUUGUUCCAGCAGCAGCCGCCGUGUUCCGCGAGAGGGGAUGGAAGUAUUUGAAUCGGAUUGAUCGCGUCUAUGAUUCACACAAGGCGGUUCGCGAGCUGGGCUGGAAGCCCGAAUACACGUUUGAGCGCAUCAUCGACAAGUUGGCUCGAGGCGAAGACUGGCGAAGCGAACUGGUCGAAAAGGUGGGACGGAAGGGAUAUCAUGCAGUGAGCCACGGCGUAUAUACUUCGAAAUAG